AUGGCGGGAAAACUGACACUGUUUGUUUUUCUAACUGUCAUCGCACUCUGCCAUGGUGAACCUCAAACCAGUUAUGAGCCCAGCAGAGACAAGGUACCGGGUUUUGGAUUUAGCCAAAUACUGGACUAUUUAUUAGGGGGCUACGACAACGGGUAUUACCCGGAUCGCUACCCGGGCGCGUACUACCCGGGCCAGGGGCAGUACCCGGGCCACCCGGGUCUGAUCGGCCCGCCGGGCGCCCACCCCGGAUGCCCGCUCUGCGACUCCUCCGUCUACAGCUACUGCUCCUACAAGCAGGCACAUGACGCCUGCUGUUGUGAACACUCCGGUUACUUGCCGUUCCAUUGCCGCAACACUAACUGCAACUUCGUCCACGCGAACUCCUGCGAGGAGUAUCACCUGAUCAGCAACUGCUGCUGCGUGGACAUCCAGAAGAGCGCCAUCGAGAAUAUCGUA